UCCUCCCUUUCUCUAUCUAGUGUGGUUGGAGAACUUGAAAAGCAAACUACUGACGGUUAAGCCUAAAAAAACGCUCUCAAACACUGCUUCUGCCUCUCCUCUACCUUCCUUCACAACCUAACUCUUCCAUUUAUAAACUCUUAACAUGAUCCUCAACUUUGGUCAAGAACACCUGCUCUGAAACAUACUCUGUUUUGACACAGAAAUGAAAAUGGUACAGAAUGGUUUUGUUGGAGACAAAGAGACGGUUGCUUCUGCUGCUGGUGAUGGUGGUGGUGGAGGGACGGUGGUUGUUGGAGUAAAGCUUGAUUCACCAAGCAGAGAGCUUUUAACGUGGGCUUUGGUUAAGGUGGCUCAGCCUGGUGACUGUGUCAUUGCUCUUCAUGUUCUUGGUAACAAUGAAAUCGUGGAUCGAGAUGGAAAAUCUUCACUUCUGUCGCUUGUCAAAGCGUUUGACUCUGUUCUUGCUGUUUAUGAAGGAUUCUGUAAUUUGAAACAGGUGGAUCUCAAACUUAAGAUAUGCAGAGGUUCUUCAAUUCGCAAAAUUUUAGUGAGAGAAGCAAAAUCUUAUUCUGCAACUAAGCUUAUAGUUGGAACCGCCGCCAAACUCCAUAAAAUCCGGUCAUCGACAUCGGUAGCCAAGUACUGUGCUAAGAAACUAUCCAACAACUGUUCUGUUCUUGCUGUUAAUAAUGGGAAAGUGGUGUUCCACAGGGAGGGUUCUCCAGGGACCACUUUUGGGGCAAAAGGAAAUGAAGAUCAUAAACGAAAUAGCUUGCUUAAUGCGCUUCACCGAACCAUAACAUUGAACAAGAAUUCCAAAGUACUAAGUGAAGGGAUUGCCAAUGCCGAGGCCAAUCUGGUUUCCUAUGAGACCAAGGACAAGAGAUUCGAGCAGGCCUUAAUCAAAGCCGGUUCGGGCAACUUUGAGAGUGAUGGAAAGGAAAAUUGCUCGGUUUGUGGAUCUGGAAAUAAGUUAUUGCUGCAUGAUUCUUGUCACCAAUCUGCAAACUGCGGUGAUGAUGAUAAUGAUAGAGAGAAAUCCUUGGCUAUAGUGCCUGUUAAAAGAACUGAGGCUGCAUCUGGUUCGAUUUCUAUGUUGAUCAAACAGUUGCCUGAAAUUAGACCUGGUUGGCCUUUACUUCGCCGUGCGGUUUUAUCGGAUAGACGACAUCAAGUUCCUGACCGAUCUUCGUCGAGGCAGAUUUCUGUGGUUCAGUGGGUGAUGCGGUUGCCCUCUAGGCGUACUCUUUUGUUAACAAAUUCAGACAAGAAACAAGACUGUGAUCAAACCGAAUUUAAGGCCUCUAAUUUUGAUGGAGAAAGCGGCGCAAUCGUUCCGGUUAGUAAUGAAAAUGCCAUUGCUCCACUUUCUCCUGAUGACAACUUAAUAAACCUGCCAAAAGAAUUAGAAGGUCUUCAUGAGAAAUACUCUGCAACUUGCAGAUUAUUUAAGUACCAAGAACUGGUUUCGGCUACAUCGAAUUUCUUGGCUGAAAACUUGAUUGGUAAAGGAGGCAGUAGUCAGGUUUACAAGGGUUGCCUUCGAGACGGCAAGGAACUCGCGGUGAAAAUCCUAAAGCCUUCAGAAGAAGUAUUGAAGGAGUUUGUUAUGGAAAUCGAGAUCAUUACUACAUUACAUCAUAAGAACAUUAUAUCCCUCUUGGGAUUCUGCUAUGAGGAUAAUAACCUUCUCUUGGUUUAUGAUUUCUUAUCAAGAGGAAGCCUUGAAGAAAACCUUCAUGGUAAUAAGAAGGAUCGUGGUGCAUUUGGUUGGAGUGAAAGAUAUAAAGUGGCAAUUGGGGUGGCUGAGGCCUUAGAUUAUCUGCAUACUAACAGUGACCACCCUGUGAUCCACAGGGAUGUUAAAUCUUCAAACAUAUUACUCUCUGAUGAUUUUGAGCCCCAGCUCUCGGAUUUUGGACUUGCUAAAUGGGCAUCAACCUCUUCUUCGCAUAUAACCUGCACAGAUGUUGCAGGGACCUUUGGGUAUUUGGCUCCUGAGUACUUCAUGUAUGGGAAAGUAAACGACAAGAUUGAUGUGUAUGCAUUUGGGGUGGUGUUGCUUGAGCUACUUUCUGGAAGAAAACCUAUAAGCAAUGACUGUCCAAAAGGCCAAGAGAGUUUGGUCAUGUGGGCAAAGCCAAUUUUAAGUGGUGGGAAGGUUUCCCAAUUAUUAGACCCAAGCUUGGCUGAUGGCUAUGAUUGUGACCAGAUGGAGAGGAUGGUUCUCGCUGCCACCCUUUGUCUUAGACGUGCCCCACGUGCUAGACCGCAAAUGGGCGUUGUUGUGAAGCUCCUACAAGGUGAUGCUGAUGUGACUAAGUGGGCAAGACUGCAAGUGAAUGCCUCCGAAGGAUCCGAUACAUUGGAUGAUGAAGCUUGUCCUGGUCGCUCCAAUCUUCAAUCCCAUCUUAGCCUCGCAUUGCUUGAUGUGGAGGAAGACUCGGUCUCCAUGAGCAGCAUCGAGCAACCUGUGUCGUUAGAGGACUACCUCAAGGGUCGAUGGAGCCGUUCAUCAAGCUUUGACUAACUUCAUCACCGCCAAAGAUAAGCUGCAAAAUAAGCAUUCUUCCAUUUAUGGAUCUUUUCACCCAUGUAUAUUCUUUCGGUUCCUUGUAUUUCUUUUCAAUGGCAUUGCUCAUUGCUUACGGUAGGUGUUGGAUGAGAGGUUGUUUGCCUGGUGUGCCCUCCUCCUUCCCUUUCGAUUUUCUUUUAUGCUGUUCUGACUCUUUCAUUUUUUCGUAUCCGAUACUUGUGCCAACUGUCAAUCAUAUAUUCGGGCAUAGGUAUGGAAUGAAAGUAUGGGUCGGAUAUAUUUGUAUCCGAUGCUUAUCCAAAACCUGGAUAACAUAAAUUUUUUUUCCCUUGUUUGUUGGUGUUGAACUAGAUUAGGAGUGGAAAUGAUUGUAAUCCCAUACUAUUUUUCACUCAUAAAAGUGAGUAUAAUGUAAACAUUGCUCUGAAUUUGCCUUUAAAAGGCUUUGGCUGAUUAGAGCAACUUUGCUUGGAACUGAUCAAUUAUUCCAUUGAAAUUUACCGCGGUAA